AUGGAGCUUUCCGAGAUCGAAGACCUGCCGAAGAAGCUCCUUCGGGAGGAGGCUGGUCGCACUUUCCGCCUUCAAGCUUCGGCUUCGAUGGACAUGUGGAUGUGUGUUAAGCGGGCCAUAAAUGCCGCCGAGAAAGCAAAGGCCUACAAGGAUUUGUCGGCAGGAGUGCCGAGGCUGGCAAGGCUAUCCAGGAUCAUGCGAACUUGGCGAAGAAUUUGCAGGCUGCCGAACGGCAGGUCAAGGUUUAUGAGGCUAAGUUCGCCGAUCUGUCGGCAGCCCUGGAGUCGACGCAGCUAUCGGCAAAAGAGGCUCUGGAGGCGAAUGAGGCGGUCCAGGUGGCUUUGGCAGAGUCGGAGCAGGCUAGGGCUUCGAAGAUCGAGGCUGCUAUCCAGGAGGCUAUCCGAAGUACCGUCAUUCUUCCGAUUUCUCCACCUUGCUCGACAAGGAGGUGGGCUCAGAGAUGGUGGAUCUGAUCAACCGUUUUAA